AUGGCUCUGGCAGCGACGCAUGCGUCUCCCAUCGUGGAGCACAAGAAACGAAAAACGCCCUGGUCAAAUCUCGCAGUCGGUGCUUGCAUGAACAUCUUUCAAGUUACUUCUUUGGGACAACCUAUGGAAGUAUUGAAAACACACGUCGCCGCCAAUAGGGGCGAUUCUCUUGCUGAUGCUGUACGGAAAACAUGGGGUCGGGGUGGUUUCCGUGGAUUCUACCAGGGCCUCAUACCAUGGGCUUGGAUAGAAGCGUCAACAAAAGGCGCCAUUCUUAUCUUAACAUCUACAGAAGUUGAGUACUACGCUCAAAAGCAUCUUCACGCGAGCAACACCGUCGCAGGAAUGUUCGGUGGUGUCGCAGGAGGUGCUGCCCAAGCAUAUCUCACAAUGGGCAUGACAACUUGUAUGAAAACGAUUGAGGUAACAAGAAAUAAGACUGCCAAAGCCGGAGUUCGCGUUCCCGGAACGAUGGAGACCUUUGUAAACAUUAUUCGAGAAAAAGGCAUACGUGGCGUUAACCGCGGAGUCAAUGCUGUCGCACUUCGACAGAUGACAGGAUGGUCCUCUCGAAUCGGAAUAUCAAGAUUUGCCGAAGGCCAAAUUCGAUCUGUGAAGGGAAAAUCUUCAACCGAGCGACUGACUCUGGGUGAGAAGAUUUGUGCCUCAACGUUUGGCGGCGCUUUGAGCUGCUGGAAUUAGCCAUUUGAAGUAAUACGCAUCGAGAUGCAGUCAUUGAAGGCAGAUCCAACACGCCCUGCGGAGGCUACCAUGGUAUCAACAACCAGAUACAUUUUCCGAUCUUCUGGUCCCAUGGGCUUCUUCUGUGGAGUUGUUCCGCGGAUAGGGGUCGCUGUAUGGGCGACGAUCUGUAUGGUUGGGUUUGG